ACCUUUAAUUUUUGUUCAUUUUGGAAAAUCGUUGCAACAGCACGUCAUGCAAAAUCGUCGACGGAUGUACUUACAAUACACAAGUACGUGAUACGCGGUUUUACGCACACGAGGGAGCAUAAUUAGCCCUUCGUAUGUAUGUACGUACUUACGUACAUACGGUUUAACGAUCCAACGUUUUAAUUAGAAAGAAAAAAGAAAAGAUCGUCGGAACGUUCGAGCAAUUACCGAGCUCGAUAAUAGUAAAGAUCAUUUUCGCGUUUGAAUUUCUCGUGUGACGUUUAAGGAGAUCGCUCGUUUUCGACGUAGCUUCCUCUUCCUGUUCCUCUUUCCUUUUCAGCUGCCAUUCGAAACGUGGAAGAAACAUUCCUUGACACGUAUUUGUUGCACUUGUCACAAAACGAUCAGCGCUAGAAACUUUUCAUUGGGAUAACGAACAAUAUGAGUCACAAAAGAUAUAUUUUAAUUUUUCACAAUUAUUCGGAUAAUAAGAUCAAUGAUAUAUCACAGUUAUGUAAUAUUUUAUUCGAUAGUGUGAGGAAAGAUAUGACGACGUCAAUGCGGCCGUAUAUUCCAUUAUUUACGUAUUAAGUAACGACCCAAAGAAAAAUGAGAGAGCUUUCAAUCGGAGAAAGAAGACUGACUAGAAAUACAUUUUCCUCGGGCCAUUAUACACACGUGCCACAUACGUAGCUGUCAUUCUAUCGCAAAGUGAAAGAAGGCAAAAGAAAAAAUGAAUUUAUCGUGGACAAGUCUAAAAGCAAAAAUCCCUUUCGAUCGUUCUGCUUAAUCUCUAAUUCUUGUUUAAUACUUCAAAUAUACUUCAAAAUAUAAAAUGGGAGUAUUAGUAUUAUUUUCCAAUUGGUCGAGAUAAAACCACGACUAUUUGCAUAAAACCGGAGCAACGUGGUGGAUCUCUGGCGAGAAUCGUUGAGGAGGGAAAAAAAGGUAAAAGAAUGGUAGGGGAAAGUGGGUCCUCCACGUGUUCGCCGGCACGCGAGCACAUUCGAGUUCUUUCGUCCGUAGGCGCAGCCGCGCUGCGCUCAUAGCAGCGCUCUCGGCCACUCGGAGGCCCGGCACGCAUCUUUCUUACGCUUUGCUCAUUGCGCGUUUCGUCUCGCAGAGAACGUUCCAUUAAUUUCGAACGUUUCUCCCCUCUUCCGUCUUCCUUAUUCCUUUCUCCUUCUGCGAACGAAGAAGCCGCCAACUUCGUUGACACUGUGCACCUUUUUUCUUUGGUAAAACAAAUUCAACGUUGUUUUUCUUUUUCAAUCACCUACGUGCCUGAAUGUUAUAUCACGAACCAAAGGAGCGCGGGAGAUGGCGGUCAGUCUCGAGAGAUACCUUUUUCUUCUCGUCCUCUUCUCCUCGAUCUUCGUCCGUCAACACCACGUAGGCGCAGAUAACAAAACCCUGAAGGAUCUCUUCAACAGCACGUCCUGCGCUAAGCCGCCCUUCGAGUGUCCACAUCCUCAAAUCGAAUUUUAUUUGUACACCAGGGAGACGCAAAAGGAUCCUUUACUCUUGGACGUCCGAAGCUUCGAGUCGCUUUACUAUUCCAGAUUCAAUAAAUCCCAUACAACCAAAAUCAUUAUUCACGGUUUUGGUGGCGGUAGAAACCUGGCCCCUAGUACGGAUCUUAGACGUGCGUACUUCACUCGAGGCGACUAUAAUAUCAUCAUUGUUGAUUACGGCACGCUGGUACGCGAACCCUGUCUCUCUCAAAUACAAUGGGGACCAGAUUUCUGUUCGCGAUGUAUCGCGCAAUUGGUGAGGUACCUGAGGGAUCAUCCUCGAGGCACAAGGCCGGAGAAUAUUCAUGUCCUUGGAUACAGCGUCGGCGCUCACAUCGCCGGACUGAUCGCCAAUUAUUUGCCCGAUGAUAAGCUCGGCAGAAUAACGGGCCUCGAUCCGACGAUAUUUUUCUACAUGAACGGGAAUCGUUCGAUGGAUUUAGACGAGACGGACGCCCAUUUCGUCGACGUUAUACACACCGGCGCAGGGAUUUUAGGCCAAUGGGGACCGAACGGACACGCGGAUUUCUACGUUAACGGCGGAUCGAGCCAACCAGGAUGCGCGACCUCUUCUCUGCUCCAAACGCUCUCCUGCGACCACACCAAAGUGACCCCGUAUUACAUCGAGUCGAUCGUAACGAAGAAAGGAUUUUGGGCAGCACCCUGCGGCAAUCUUUUCUCUUACCUGAUCGGCUGGUGCAAUCCGCCGUUGGAGAAGUACAUUCUCAUGGGAGAGGACACGCCACAUACAGCACGAGGCAUCUUCUAUCUGUCAACAAACGCACACAGACCGUACGCCCGAGGACUUCCCGCAAAAAAGCAGCGACAGACAAGUCGGAAGCAAUCGUCCUACCGCCAGUAUUAAGCUUGCUUAAGCAGCUUAUCAAUAUAAUUAUAGAAUAGCGAAUCUGUGUACCUACUUAUCGAUUAAUUAAUUAAUAUCAUUAAUCGCCUAAGCGUUCAUCGGCCCGAUGAACGACGCUCCUUCUAUGUUUCUCCUCUCUCUUCAGUUUCUCACGUUCGUCAAUUAGUUGUACGAUAAUAAAGACGUAACAUCUUUCUAUCGCGUUUCA